CAAUAAAUAGGAGGCCAAAUCUAACCAGCUUACUGUUUCCCAAGGCACAGAAGAUAGCUUGAAAUGAUAAUAAUAAGCCAAAAAAGAGCAGUUACCUUCAGUCUUCUAUCCAUUGUUGUUUUCCUUCAUCCUCUUCAUGACUGGGCCAUUGCUGCAAGCCAGAAAUCUCCAGGUCCACCGGCCGUUAUCGUCUUCGGCGACUCGAUUGUUGAUCCAGGAAACAACAAUGUUAUUCUGACAAUAGCUAAGUGCAAUUACCCACCAUAUGGAAAGGACUUUGUUGGCCACAAAGCAACAGGAAGGUUCAGCAAUGGCAAGAUCCCCUCUGACUUUAUAGCUUCUCAGUUAGGAAUAAAAGAAUACGUACCUGCAUAUUUGGGGACAGAAUUAUCAGCCCAUGAUCUUAUAACUGGAGUAAGCUUUGCAUCUGGUGGCUGUGGAUUUGAUCCUCUCACAUCUCAGCUAGUGUCUGUGAUUUCCUUGGAAGAACAGCUAAAUUUGUUCGUGGAGUACAAACAGAAGGUGAAAGCCAUUGUAGGAGAAAAUCGAGCAGAAUACAUAACCAGCAAUUCAGCAUAUUUUAUAAUCGCUGGAACAAAUGAUCUGGCAAGCACUUACUUCGCCACACCAUUUAGGAAGUUUGAGUUUGAUCUCCCCUCCUACAUCAACUUUACAGUCCAAUCAGCUUCAACUUUAGUUCAGAAACUGUACCAUUCAGGGGCACGAAAGAUCAGUAUUGCUGGUGCUCCUCCCAUAGGUUGUUUGCCAUCACAGAGGACUUUAGCGGGAGGAAUUGAAAGAAUAUGCUCAGCAGCUUACAACCAAGCUGCAACCUCCUUCAAUUCACAGUUAUCAAAGGAGAUGCAGAGGCUUAACAACAUUUUGCAUAAAGUAAAGGUCCUCUAUAUUGAUAUUUACACCCCUUUGCUUGAUCUCAUCUUACACCCUUCUAAAUAUGGAUUUGUGGAAUCCAAGAGAGGAUGCUGUGGUACAGGAACUUUUGAGGUCACACAAACUUGUAAUAGCUUGACCACCUUUGUCUGUGAAGAUGCAUCAAAAUAUGUAUUUUGGGAUAGCUACCAUCCCACAGAGAGAGCAUAUGAUAUUUUGGUGAGGAAACUUGCCCAGAAAUAUGGUGCAUCACUAAAUUAACAUGGCAAACAGGCAAGUCAUCUUUUGCUUUGCUACUUCUACUUAUGUUUUUACAAUGCAUAUAUGAAUAUAUCCCAAUAUUGCUUUGAA